CCCAUCAAGAUGGAUACCUCAAAACUUCCUAGGAUCCAGGACGAGGAGCGAGAAAGCCAGUUUGGAUAUGUACAUGGGGUUUCUGGACCAGUGGUGACAGCUACUGCGAUGGCAGGAGCAGCCAUGUACGAGCUGGUUCGUGUCGGUCACAGUGAGCUAGUGGGAGAAAUCAUCCGAUUAGAGGGAGACAUGGCAACUAUCCAGGUGUAUGAGGAGACUUCCGGGGUGUCUGUUGGUGACCCUGUCCUUCGAACAGGAAAACCCCUCUCUGUAGAGCUGGGCCCAGGAAUCAUGGGCUCCAUCUUUGACGGUAUCCAGCGUCCACUAAAAGACAUCAAUGACCUCACUCAAAGUAUCUAUAUCCCGAGAGGAGUAAACAUUGGUGCUCUUAACAGAGACAUCAAAUGGGAGUUUUCCCCUGGCCAGAGUCUUCGGGUUGGCAGUCACAUGACAGGUGGCGAUAUCUACGGCAUGGUGUUUGAAAACUCCUUAAUCAGGCACAAGCUGAUGCUUCCACCUCGCAACAGAGGCACGGUCACCUACCUGGCCCCACCUGGAAACUAUGACAUUUCUGAUGUGGUUCUGGAGCUUGAAUUUGAAGGCGUGAAGGAGAAAUUCACCAUGGUGCAGGUGUGGCCGGUACGACAAGUCCGUCCAGUAACAGAGAAACUACCUGCUAAUCAUCCACUGCUGACUGGUCAAAGAGUUCUGGACGCACUUUUCCCUUGCGUGCAGGGCGGCACCACUGCUAUACCAGGAGCCUUCGGAUGCGGAAAGACGGUGAUCUCUCAGUCGUUGUCCAAGUAUUCCAACAGUGACGUCAUUAUCUACGUCGGUUGCGGAGAGCGUGGAAACGAAAUGUCUGAAGUGCUGCGGGAUUUCCCUGAGCUUACUAUGGAAGUCGAUGGCAAGGUUGAGAGCAUCAUGAAGAGAACAGCACUGGUUGCUAAUACAUCCAACAUGCCUGUGGCUGCCAGAGAGGCUUCCAUUUAUACAGGUAUCACAUUGUCCGAAUACUUCCGAGAUAUGGGUUAUAAUGUGAGCAUGAUGGCUGACUCGACAUCUCGAUGGGCUGAAGCUCUAAGAGAAAUCUCUGGGAGACUGGCUGAAAUGCCCGCUGACAGCGGUUACCCUGCUUACCUGGGUGCCAGGCUCGCCUCCUUCUAUGAGCGCGCUGGACGUGUGAAGUGCCUGGGAAAUCCAGAAAGAGAAGGCAGCGUCAGCAUCGUAGGAGCUGUGUCGCCCCCUGGUGGAGACUUCUCAGAUCCUGUCACUUCAGCCACAUUGGGAAUUGUUCAGGUUUUCUGGGGCUUGGACAAAAAGCUGGCUCAGAGAAAACACUUUCCGUCUGUAAACUGGCUGAUUAGCUACAGCAAGUACACACGAGCUCUGGAUGAAUAUUAUGACAAACAUUUCCCUGAGUUUGUUCCUCUCCGUACAAAAGCCAAAGAGAUUCUACAGGAGGAGGAGGACCUGGCUGAAAUCGUGCAGCUUGUAGGAAAGGCCUCCCUUGCUGAGAGUGACAAGAUCACUCUAGAAGUUGCUAAGCUCAUUAAGGAUGACUUCCUGCAGCAGAACGGCUACACCCCCUACGACAGGUUCUGCCCCUUCUACAAAACUGUUGGCAUCCUCUCGAACAUGAUUGCUUUCUACGACAUGGCCCGACACGCGGUGGAGUCCACAGCCCAGAGUGACAACAAAAUCACCUGGGCCAUGAUCAGGGAGCACAUGGGAGAGAUCCUGUAUAAGAUCAGCUCCAUGAAGUUCAAGGACCCUGUGAAGGAUGGCGAAGCUAAGAUCAAAGGAGACUACGCCCAGCUGCUGGAGGACAUGCAGAACGCCUUCCGGAGCCUGGAGGAAUGAGUUUCUUACCUCUAAGCUCCUCUCCCAAAUAUCCAAACCCCAUUGCAGUGUUCUGAGUGUCUGCCUCAGUCAUGUGAACUCCUUUCUUCCUUGUUGUUUACGUCCCCUUAAACAUUCCAUGACCUGGAGAAAUUUGCAUUUCAUUUUGAUUAUAUUUGACUCAUCGCUACAAAAACGCAACUCCGGAAUCCCCAGAGACGCCUGAAAAUAUGACAACAGCUUCACUCAGCCCAUUACAGAGCACUUACAGAUCACUGCGCUAUCAUGUUGUGGUUAAAAUCAGUGGGCCCCAAUCAAGUGCUGCACUAGCACUCAACUACUAGUGGCAACAGACUGGAAAGGGAUGCUUCUUUUCCCCCAGAUGUGACAGUGAUAAAUACAAAUUAUUAAUCAAAUGGGAAUAUGCACAUGGGCAAAGGGACAGAUGCACUGUAUUCUUUCAGGGGGUUUAAAGCAUUCUUCCACCUUUUACCUCUUAAGUUUAAUAGUGAUGCUGUGGACUAUAUGCUUGAUAUAUACUUGAUAUUGUACAAAAAUGUGAAUGAAUGAGUCCGUUGGAGUUGUGUUGGAACAGAUAUCUCAAUAUUAUAUUCAUGGUACAUUACUUUUGUCUGAAAUAAAUGUAAAGAAAUGACUACACACAGAUAUUCAGUAAAGGAUUCUCAGCUCUACAUGGGACACAUGUUGUUUUAACUCUCCAGGGUGAUUAUUGACUAAACUUUUGAAAUCUAAUUUUCUCUAUAAAAUAUUUGUAGUAGCUUUAAAGAAAAAAAAAAGCAUGACACUUGAGUGAAAUAGUUAAGCCCCAAGCCACUCUUUUAAUGGCUGCACUGUCACAUCAGAUCCGAAUAUUUUAAACAUCAUGUGCAUCAUUUUAUACUUAUAUUACCACCUUAAAGCACGGCCAAGGCUCUUAAGCAGUGCAAACCUUUGUGAAACCAGACUCAAUUUGACAUAAUUUAUGCUAUAAUUUGUGUACU